AUGCCCGCCGUUGAUGCUCCAGCUGCCACCCCCGGCGAGGACGUGCGAAUCCUUGGUUAUGACCCUCUUAUCCCUCCUGCUCUCCUGCAGGCUGAGGUCCCGGCAUCUCAAACCUCCGUCGAGACCGUGGCUAAAGGCCGUCGAGAAUGCAAAGACAUCAUACACCAGCGGGAUGACAGACUUCUCGUCAUGGUCGGACCUUGUUCCAUCCACGACCCCGCAACAGCCCUUGAAUAUGCCGGUCGGCUGAAAGAGCUCGCCGAAAAGCUGUCGUCGGAUCUGUGCAUCAUCAUGCGCGCCUACCUAGAAAAGCCCCGGACCACGGUGGGCUGGAAAGGCCUCAUCAACGACCCGGACAUUGAUGAGUCAUUCAAAAUCAACAAGGGUCUUCGUGUCUCGAGACAGCUUUACGCUGACCUCACGUCAAUGGGUAUGCCCAUUGCGAGCGAAAUGCUUGACACCAUUUCCCCGCAGUUCCUGGCCGACCUCAUUUCCCUUGGUGCCAUUGGCGCCCGAACAACCGAGUCUCAACUGCACAGAGAACUUGCCUCAGGUCUGUCCUUCCCGAUGGGGUUCAAGAAUGGCACAGACGGGUCACUGUCCGUGGCCAUUGACGCCGUCGGGGCCGCCGCCGCAAAACAUUACUUCAUGGGUGUCACAAAACAAGGCUUGGCUGCCAUAACAAAAACAUCCGGCAAUGAGGACGGCUUCGUGAUCCUCCGUGGCGGCUCAAAGGGCACAAAUUACGAUGCAGAGUCUGUGAAAGCAGCUCGAGCAGCUUUGAAAUCCAAGGGCCAGCGAGAAGUCAUGAUGAUUGACUGCUCACACGGCAACUCAAAGAAGAACCAUAAGAACCAGCCCUUGGUCGCCCAGGUCAUCGGCGACCAGUUGAGACAGGGUGAGGACGCCAUCGUGGCGGUCAUGAUCGAGUCGAAUAUCAACGAGGGAAAUCAGAAGGUGCCUCCAGAAGGUGGACUUGAUAGCCUGCAAAAAGGGGUCAGCAUUACCGAUGCUUGUAUCAACUGGGAAACGACGGUCGAGGUCUUGGAGCAACUGGCCGAAGCAGUGAGAGUGAGGAGACAAGUCAGAAGUACCAAACAGCAGAACGGGGCGAACGGCGUGUCCAAUGGACACCACUAG